UCUACUGAUUUUAAAGGGAAUUCCUGUUCAAGACAGAUCAGAGCCAGAAACCUAAUUUUGGAAAAGUUUUCUAAAGUCCACAAAAUCCAAUCCCCUUAUUUUCCACUAUGGAUCAGCAGAAGACUACGGUAUCGACUAUCGAUGCUGAAACGGAGCCGUGGACGAUCGGAAAAGUCACGAAGACGACCAGAAAAGAGACCGAUUCCGGAUUCAGUUCGGCGGGUAGCACCGAUUCCGUGCACCAAGUGCACCAAGCCACGCCCUGCCAGCUCCGCCUCCGAUUGGCACAAAAGGAGCCGACGGAAAAGCGCGUCGGCUUCCACGCCGGCGUUAUCGAUAACGAGCACAUGAAUCGGCGCAAAUCGAAGUGCUGCUGCAUUUAUCGAAAGCCGCAUCCCUUCGGCGAGAGCUCGUCCUCCACGGAUGACGAAUGCGAACACUGUUUUGGCCAUCCCGAAGUAAAAGCCCGUAAUCGUCUGGAAAAGCAGCGAAGAAAAAUGCAACAAUCCUGCUGCUGCUGUUGCUGCGACAACCAUCAUCAUCAGCAUCAGGACAAUCGGAAUAAUCGGCUGCCUAUGGAAGGGAUCGCAGGGGAAAAGGACAAUAAUCAGGCGGAGGAGGAACCGGAAGCGGUGAUCAAUGAAUCAGGUGGGGAGGAGCUCAAAGAAAAGUAGGACAACCUUCAGUUAUUUGUCGUCGAAUUAUUUCUGUAAGGCUCAAAAUAACAAAUCUUGUAUCACUCGAAAUUUAAAUUUAUGUCUUACUAUUAUCCGUGAUUAACUGAAAAUAUAUCCGAAGAUGGAUUAUCAAUUUUUUAGAAUACCACCUACUAUGAUUUACCAUAAUUAAGUAACAAAUUGUAAUAAAAUUGCCACAACACUUUCCUAUUACAAUUAAAGAUUUUUUUUUCUUAAUAAAAAAAAAUGAUUUUUAUCAAUUCUACAUGUUUAUCAUUCUUAUAAUAUUUGUGAUCUACCAAUGUUAAGUAAGGAAACAAAUCUAAUCUUUUUGGACCGGUUUCCAACUAAAUUAUUUUUUUUUUCCUCCACACUUUCAGUGUUUCUCUAGAAGUUUUCAAAGCCAAAGAAAAGCCGAAGAAAACCAGCCUAGGAAAUGCUAUUCCGUUCCUGUCACUCAUCGGGCAGAAAACCGCAAAAAACUGUCACACGCCCCGCCCACUCAAGCAGUCACGCCUUCUUCUACAUAGAGUGUGGGAUGGCGGGGAGGUGUUUUCCAUGUUUACGCCCCAGAAUUCACUGCCUCCCAAAGAGCCACCAUCGUGUGUCUAUUGAUUGAUUAUGCGAACUGUCUACGCGAACUUGUAACUAGAUUAAUGAACUUUUUGCCGUGGAUGCAGUGCAUCACAGAUGCUUGUGGAAAACCCCCUUUGAAAUACUACCACCCACACCCAACCUGCCACCGAGGAAAACCCUGUUGAAAGCCCCGCUCUAUUUGUGAUCCAUCCCUGUGUUGAGUGAAGGGAAAAUUUAAGUUGCCAGCGAAGCGAAUGUAGAGCUCGAUGAAGCGGGCGCAAAAUGGAAAAUGGGAAAUGGAAUGGCUGCUGUGCUGAUGGGCUUGUGGCUGUCGCCCUGCCCUCCUAAUUCCAAAUG